AUGGAAGAUUUUGAUGAACAUGAGCAACUGAGAUUUGAAAAUGAAGAUGCAUUCUCUGACUCAAUAAACUCUGAUUCUGAGCUAAUAUCAGAGUAUGUCACUCCAACUCAUCAUCCUCAAGCACAGGUUGAGGGGGAGCAUUUUCACAAUGAACAUCUGGGUGAAAGUAAUGCAGACUCAGCAGAAAACGCAAACUCUGAUACUGAUUCAUCAAACUCUGAUAACUCUACAUCAGAAAAUCAUAAGACCACAUCUUCAGGGGGAGCAUCAGAAACUCAGAUUGCUCAUGAAGAUAGCAUGGAUCAUGGGGGAGGAUCAAAUUCCAGAAAACCUAAGAAAGUGGAAGAGGCUCUUCAAGAUGCUGACUGGGUAACAGCAAUGCAAGAAGAGCUAAAUGAAUUUGAAAGAAACAAAGUCUGGACACUAGAACCAAGACCAAAGAACAGAUCAAUAGGUUGUACCAAUUGGGUGUUCAGAAACAAGACAGACAGUGAUGGUAUAAUCACCAGAAAUAAAGCAAGACUGGUAGCUAAGGGAUAUUCACAACAGGAAGGAAUUGACUAUGAUGAGACCUUUGCUCCAGUUUCCAGAUUAGAAGCCAUCAGAAUCUUCUUGGCCUAUGCUGCACACAAGAAAUUAAAAGUUUUUCAGAUGGAUUCUAGAUAUCAGAUGAGCAUGAUGGGAGAGAUGAGCUAUUUUCUGGGACUACAAGUCAAGCAGACUGAUGAAGGCAUCUUUAUAAAUCAGUCCAAGUAUACUAAAAAUCUGCUAAAGAAAUUUGGUAUGCAGGAUAGCUCAGCUGCUAUUACUCCCAUGGCAACAGCCACUAAGUUAGAUAAAGAUACUGGAGCAUCAGUAGAAAUUACUAACUACAGAGGUAUGAUAGGCUGA